AACCACCGUUUUAAUGAAGAGUCGCUGUUGAAAUUGCGAACGAAACUCGCCAACUUCCCCAUAUGCCGUGAUCUCGCUUUUGAGGACAUACCUUGGAAGCCCAGUAACCAUGACUAUGAACCUGGCACCGUUGGGCUACAUAACGAGAUAAAGGACUUCUAUAACUAUAUAAAACCAACUGAUGAGGAGCAAUAUGCCAGGGAUGUUGUCGUUUCGAAGAUAAAGGAUGUCGUCCAUUCAAUGUGGCCUGAUUGUGAGGUUGACGUAUUUGGGAGCUUCAAGACUGGGCUCUAUUUGCCCACUAGUGAUAUCGACAUGGUGAUCUUCGGAAAGUGGGAGGCCCUACCUCUGCAUACAUUGAAACAUGCUCUUUCGUCGAGCGGAAUUUCUUCCGAGAUUACUGUUCUGGACAAGGCUACAGUUCCCAUAGUGAAAAUGACAGAUAAAGAAACGGGGUUGAAAGUUGAUAUCAGCUUCAACAUGAUCAACAGUGUUCGGGCUGCAGUACUGAUUCAGGAUUACAUGCGAACUUUCCCGUGUAUGCCUUACUUGGUGUUUGUCCUCAAGCAGUUUUUGCUACAGAGGAACCUUAAUGAAGUAUGGACUGGUGGACUGAGUUCCUACGCAUUAAUAUUGAUGGUAGUCCGUUUCCUGCAGGACACAAUUUCCUCCAAAUGGGUAUCAGAAAACGUGAAUCUAGGCACUCUGCUUCUAGAAUUCUUCGAACUUUACGGCAGGCUUUUCAACUACUCUAAAACGGCCAUUCGGGUGACGGACCGUGGGGAGUACGUUCAAAAGGAAGUGGUCCUUCAAAACAUGGUUCACAGCGUACGCCCUUCUAUCCUGUGCAUCGAAGAUCCUCUCUGUCCUGGCAACGAUGUUGGAAGGCGAUCUUACCAAGCAAUGUUGGUCAAGCAGGCGUUUGAGUAUGCCUAUCUCGUUUUGAGCAGUGCAGUCUUGCCGCAUUAUCAGUUCCUACACAGUCGAAAGGAGAUAUCCAUUCUCGGUCGAAUUAUUCGGAUAUCGAAGGAAUCGAUGGAUUGCCGGCAGCGAAUCCGUGUCUAUGGCCGAGGAUUGUUGGAUGCACUGAAACCACACCAAGUACCCACAGAUCCUACUCAGAAACCUAUCAUCAUGACGAUCCAGCCCACUUCUACGAUGUCCAUAAUCCCGAUGAAUUGGCCAACCCAUCGUCCCCCUUAUGGUUUGCCCACGAACUUACCAAUAAUUGUAUCUAAUCCCGUUCCCAUACCACCUCAACUGCACCUACAACUGCCUUCCACUGUACAGCCCAACGCACCCCUUUCCUCACAGUCAGUAGCCCCUGUUGCUAAGCCGCCCCAUUCCGUUAGUCAGUUUCCGGUGUUAGGCCAAAGUCAUGUCCAACCAGUCAGUGGAGACAAUGGAACGACAUCUACCCAUGCAGUAGGAAGUUCAAAGGAAGAAUUAUCCAAUUCUGAUGAGUUAUCCAACACCGAAGAAAGCCCAGUUCUUACUCCGAGCACCACGGAAGAUGCUGUGGCUGAGCUGCACGAAAGGCCGAAAGAUUCUGACAAACCUGGAGAAUAUAGUGUCUUGGCAGAGGAACUUCAGUUUCCGGUGUUAGGCCAAAGUCAUGUCCAACCAGUCAGUGGAGACAAUGGAACGACAUCUACCCAUGCAGUAGGAAGUUCAAAGGAAGAAUUAUCCAAUUCUGAUGAGUUAUCCAACACCGAAGAAAGCCCAGUUCUUACUCCGAGCACCACGGAAGAUGCUGUGGCUGAGCUGCACGAAAGGCCGAAAGAUUCUGACAAACCUGGAGAAUAUAGUGUCUUGGCAGAGGAACUAGCCUCCCUAUCCACGCUGAUAAACACGGAUGGAAAAGUCAGCUCUGUCGUUGAAUCCACUGUUCCUCAUGCCGAGCACGAAGAUAGCAAACGUCGCUGUCUACGACCUGUCUCCCCUGUUAGCUCCGCUGAACCGGCUGAGGUGCACCUGGUAUGCUCAUCUAAACCACAACCAAUGUGUGAGAGCCUUGCCUUCCAUCAACGCACCGUCUGCGAAGAUCGCUCGUGGGAGGAACCUGAAAAACAGUCAGGACUGGAUUCCGUUCCCACUAACAUUGGAAGGUCUCGAAAACAAGGGACGAAAGCUUCGCGCCAGCAGCUCGCCCACAUUCCAGUGAGCCACCGUGAUAAUCAGUUUUCCAGGUUCAUCAGCCUGACGCCUUCCACUUCCAGUGCAUUGGCUUUCGGUCAGAAGCGUCAUGUAACUGGUGCGAGACGUGCCAAAUAGAACACUCAGAGCCCCCUUAAACCCGAAUCUAAAUCCCUCCCAACCGUGUAUAUACGUUUAUGCCUUCCCUGUCCAAAAGUUCAUUCACGGUCUCAGCGGAGCCCGGUUGUUCAGGCUGUUAAUAAGUUUACAAGCUCGUACAAACAGAUAGAAUAUAUCCUAUUCUUAUUCUCAUUACCACUAUUGCCAUUAUUUUGCCCAUGUACCUUACUCCUAUUUCUUUCAUAAAUUUGAAACAAAGUUACCGGAUUCUUUUUCGUGAGAAACCAAAACAGUGGCCCUGGCUUAAGUCUCCUCUAUGCCUAUGUAUAUAUAAAUGACAUGCGCGUUACGCGCUAUAUCGCUUUUCCUACUCGAUCCAGUUUUGGUAGGUUCUUCAUUCGCUCGGUUUGUCUGUUCCACCGACCCAGCCUGUGAUUUGUCGCUGGUGGUUUUUUCUCGGGAAACAUGAGUCACGCCAGUCGGUCAAAAGUACCUAUACAGGCGAUGCUAGCCUCUUUCCCCUAUUUCUAUUGCCUUUCCUCUUCACCUUUUUCAACCGAUGCAUAUUUGCGUGGUUCAUCGACUUCCAAGAUUUACGGAACAAGUAAAUUUCGAGAAAUUGACUUCAAUCAAGA